GCCGCCCUGCACCGACACCGUCCACACCGCCGGCACCAACACCACCGGCAGCAGCAGCAGCAGCAGCAGCCUCUUCCAUCAUAUCUCUUAAAUCCAGUAAAAAUCGUGAACACCAAUUGGCCAGCUGUAUACCGUUCCUCCAAGGAAUAGUUCAUUUCAACAACCAGUGAAGGAGUCUGGAUGCUUAAGUUGGGGGAUGGCGGUCAAUGUGUAUUCUACCUCGAUAACCCAAGAGACUAUGAGCAGACAUGACAUCAUUGCAUGGGUUAAUGACAUAGUUUCUUUAAACUACACAAAAGUCGAACAGCUUUGCUCAGGAGCAGCCUACUGCCAGUUCAUGGAUAUGCUGUUUCCGGGAUGCAUCAGUUUGAAGAAAGUAAAAUUUCAAGCCAAGCUGGAGCACGAGUACAUUCACAAUUUUAAACUGCUGCAAGCGUCUUUUAAAAGAAUGAACGUGGACAAGGUCAUUCCUGUGGAGAAGCUAGUGAAAGGACGCUUCCAGGACAACUUGGACUUUAUCCAGUGGUUUAAGAAAUUCUACGAUGCGAACUACGAUGGGAAGGAGUACGAUCCGGUCGAGGCGCGACAAGGCCAAGAUGCAAUUCCUCCGCCAGACCCUGGGGAACAGAUUUUCAACUUACCCAAAAAAUCUCAUCAUGCAAAUUCCCCCACAGCAGGUGCUGCUAAAUCCAGUCCGGCUUCUAAACCAGGAUCCACGCCCUCCCGCCCGUCCUCAGCCAAAAGGGCCCCCUCCAGCAGCAGCUCAGCAUCCAGAUCGGAUAAAGAUUUAGAGACACAGGUCAUACAGCUCAAUGAACAGGUCCAUUCAUUAAAACUUGCACUGGAAGGAGUGGAGAAGGAACGGGAUUUCUACUUUGGGAAGUUAAGGGAGAUUGAGCUGCUCUGCCAGGAACAUGGGCAAGAGAAUAAUGACCUCGUGCAGCGGCUAAUGGAAGUUCUCUAUGCUUCAGAAGAACACGAGAGCCACACAGAAGAGCAGGAAGGAGAGGAGCAAGUUCAUGAACAGCCCCCACCACAGGAAGAAUACUGACCCAUCCGACAUCUUUGACACUUUGCAUUUUGCGUGGGAACUUUCUUCUGGAGAAUUGGAACGUAUGCCUCAAACUCCAAACCAGCCGUUCCCAAU